CUGAAAUAGACUGGGAUUUGUAAAAUUGUUAAUAAAAACAACUGAAAAUAAUCAUAAAAAGACUCCAUAUAGCUUGUUCAUCUUAAUCCAAGUCUCUAAAAACCCUGAAAUCCAAAACAAAUUUGAAAAGAUGUGGUCUAUACCCUCUUAAAGCCAAAAUCUUUAAUUUCUUUAAAAGCGCCAGCACGCACCCUCUCUAAAGUGGUUGCAUGCUGUAAAUAAUGUCUUUUCAAAUUAACUUCGAAUUAUUUUUUUUUACGUUUUAAAACAAGUCGCCUUCUACUUCAGCUGUUUCGGAGGAGAAUGCUGCAACGCUGUUUUGCUGUGAGGCUCCAGAGAUGUUUUGAGCACUAAGACAUUUCACUCAGCUUUCCAUCGGCAUUGAGCUAGGUGGAUAAAGACUGAAUAUUCUUUUUUGGGUGAACUAAUCCUUUAAUUCAUUGGAAAAAAUAAAAGAAUAAUUGCACAACAGGAGCCGGUCAAAUCAAACGCAACACAAUAAAACCACUUUUCACAUGUUUGAUGCUUGUGGAAGUGAAGACGUGCAGAACUGUGGACCUCCUCUACUUGAUGAGUCACAAAGCGAGCCAUAGCUACUGAUUUGCCACACUCAGAAUGGUGCAACAGCAGAGGUGAGCGAUAAAUGUUGUGUAAGCAAUUAUUGACAGCAGGUCUAAAGUGAACUCUGUGCCCGAGUCCACACAGGUUGGGGUCUCUUGAAGCAUUCAGAUAGUGACAGGAUUGUUGCUGUCAGUGGGUUCCUGUCACAUUCUCAAUGGCUGCUGUCUCAGAAUCUCCUUUCUCUCUGGACUCCUACCAUGUCUCUGAGGAGCUUGGAUUCAUCCUCCGUGAUCCUCUGGAAGAGCUCCCCCCGUAUUACCAGCCAUGGAUGGAUAUUGCCCUACGGGUUCCGGAGCUCGUGCACUCUCACGAGCUUCGCCUCCAUAUUAACAGGAUGCCGCUGCUGAGCACCCAGUAUCUGCAGAAACACCGGGAGUUACGGCUGGCCCACCUGGCCCUCAGCGUGAUGACCAUGGGCUACAGCUGGCAGGAGGGAGAGAACAACACAGUUGAGAUGCUGCCACGUAACCUGGCUGUCCCGUACUGGGAGGUGUCACAGCGUUUGGGACUUCCACCAAUCCUAACCCAUGCAGAUGCAGUACUGGCUAACUGGAGGAAGAAGAACCCAGAGGGGCCUUUUGACAUGGAGAACCUGGAGCUGCUGCUCAGCCUCCCCGGUGGAGACAGUGUCCGAGGUUUCUUUAUGGUUACUCUGCUGGUGGAGCUCGCAGCUGUUCCUGCAUUGAGGAACAUUCCUGCUGUGAUCAACGGUGUCAGGUGUGGUGACACUGAGGCUGUGGCAGGAGCGCUGGAGGACAUCAGCCAGUCGAUACAGGACAUGACAGAUGCACUCAAGCUCAUGCAUGUGUACGUGGAACCGUCAGUCUUCUAUGGCAUCAUGAGGAUCUACCUGUCAGGGUGGAAAGACAACCCUAGUAUGCCUAAUGGGCUGGUAUAUGAAGGGGUCCAGACAGAACCGAUGGAGUAUUCAGGUGGCAGCGCUGCACAGAGCAGCCUGCUGCACUGCUUUGAUGAACUUCUGGGAGUCAAACAUGAAGCAAAAAGUGGUGCCUUUCUAACCCGGAUGAGGGACUACAUGCCUCCCAAACACAAGCAACUGAUCCAGGACAUCUCGUCGCAACCCUCACUAAAGAAUUUUGUCCAGCAGCAGGCCAGUGAGCGGCUCAACCAGGCCUUUCAGCACUGCAUCACGAAACUGUUGCAUUUGCGCAGCUACCACAUCAACAUUGUCAGCCGCUUUAUCACCGUACCUGCAGCCCGAGCACGACAGCUUCGUGACAGGAACCAGGACUCCGAGGGGGAAAUGAUAAGCAGAGCACCAACAGCAUUAGAGGAGAGGGGCACCGGUGGCUCUGGCAUCAUGAUCUUCCUUAAGACUGUGAGGGACCAGACAAAAGAAGCCUUCCUGUCUGAGAGGAGAACAGAAAUGAAUCACCAGAACUGAUGAGUGAGCAGUGUCUGCUGCAUAUAUGUCAUUGGAAGGAUGCAUUUCACAUAGCUUCGUUGUGUUCACGAACAAGCCUCAACUCUGAGUGAUAGCCUUCAUUCAGUCCAAAUCCUAAUUCAAACCACUGCUCUGACUUUCCAUGAAACGCAACCGCUGAUUCCUUCUUUAAUCUGAACUAGAGAACAAGAGAGAUUGUCCUCUGUAACGGGAACAAAUAGCAGUUGUUAUCUGUUCAGUGUAGAAAAAAAGAUAAGUGAGAGAAGUUUGCAGCUGUCAAAAAAAAUGGAUGAAACAUUUGAAAAACCGAAAUCCUGCAGUACCUUGUUUAACCAUGGCAGGGCACUGAAGGGCAGCAUUCCAAUUCAGACGAAAGGAGGAUUGUUUAUUAAAGGCCAAGACGGUGGGCAAAACCCGAGUCCCAAAGGCAUGAAGGCUUGUGAUUUACCUGAUGUCAUAACGUAUUCAUCAUUAAUAACAGUCAUCAGACGAGGUGUGCAGCCUACGCUAGCUGAAACCUACCCUGACACACUGAAGCAGGCUGGAACAUGACCUUUUCCCUCUCUGUAAAUAAUCAGCCUUUGUUGCAUCUUUGCUCCCCACUGUGUCCUUACAAUGGGGUUGUCAUGUCGAAGUACAAUGCACAAUGCAGCGCAGAGAUGCAUCACUUAUCAGAGCAGUUACCUCAGCACCUCUGCCAUCCUCCUCCAGCCCACAUCCAGCCCUCACAUGCCCCACUAUACUUCCUGGAUGGAGAGUGUGGAAAACCCAGAGUGAUGAAGGGAGGGAUUGUGUCAUGAAUGGGAGCUUCACCUUUCCUGGCCCGUCUCCACCGGUGUUUUAUUACGAUAGCAGCUCGGCAAGAUCAGAUAAGGCAGGCGGUGUAGCAAUUAGACAUGACAACUCUCUUCAAACCCGCGGGAUCCACUUCUUCUUCCACCCUCUUUCUUUUCUCAUUCUGGGUAAAUAGCAGGAAAGAUAAUGGAAGAGAGCAUUAAACUAUUGCACAUGAAGCCUGUCAAGACCCUGGUGUCAGAGACAUUUGUUAAAGGAUGAGUUGACCCAAAAAAUGAAAAUUCAGCCGUUAUCUGCACACCCCCAUGCUGAUGGAAAGCAUUCUCCUAAAAACUGAGGUAGAUGGGGACUAGAAUAUAAAGAAACAACUGAAACCUGUCCAGCGUAAUUCAAGUCUCCAGUAGCCCUGAAAUCCUGGACUGAUUUGAAAAGUGGUUAUUUACACCCUUGAUGCAUGGUUGAGCUUGUGCACCCACUUUAGAUGGGGUUUAGAUUUUGAUGCUGAGAAGAGUAUAAAUAAUAUCUUGCAGUCAGUUUGGGCCUCCAGACACUUGGAUUACACAAGACAAGCUGUAUGGAGCCAUUCCAUAUCUUUAUGUUUGGUUCUACUACAUUUGAAAACUAGAGUUGCCCUCAGUAGAACAUAUACCUCUGCCAAGGCCCAACAGGCCCAUUUAAUUCAAUCAAGCCUAAUCAUCAUGGGUACCCCUCUGAAUCCUAAUGAUCUCAGCCGCACAUUAGUGGUAGUUGCAUAUUUCCAUCCUUAUUCGUUACCAUACAGAUAGUGAAAAAAACAUUUAUUAAAUCAUUAGAUCCAUAUUUUUUUUUUCUUCAUGAGAAACAGAAUCAUCAGUGUAAAAAAAAGUUAGAGGGGUCUAUUUCAUGCCGUUAUCAAUCCUCUAUCUAAGUUUUGUGGAAGUCUGCUCUGUAGUUUUUCUGCAAUCCUGCCUACGAUCCAACCAAAACAUGCAUACAGACAAAAACAACAGUCUGCAUCUACUUCAGUUGCUUCAGAGACUGAUGUAAACCCUAGGAAACGUCACCUGACCUUUGGGUGAACUAACUCUUUAAAUGUUUUUUUAAUUUUUUUUUUUUAACUUUAGAUGGAUGUACAGCAAACACGUUAGAAAAGAGCAUACCUGAGUAAUCAUUAGACUAUCAUCCAUUCACUGAAAUAUGUCCACUCAGAUGAGUUUCACAAGCUUUUCUUAGAAUGUGACAGGAAGACCGAGGUGAGGAGGGGAAAGGUGAACAGAAACUCCGCAGGGAUGGAGAGAGUUGGGUGGUGGUGGUGACAGCGUGCUCACAUGUCACAGUGAUCUGAUUAGAACCUUCUUCCACAGCCAACGCAAAUAAUCCCCUUCCUUAUUACCUAACUGUGGAGGACUCCCUGACAACCCGACAGUAAACACUGGCCAUCUCUAAGGAUGUCUUCAUUGUGUAGCCGGGGCUGGGCCUGCACAGCCGCUGAAGUUUCACCUCGUAUCACAACACUGGCUGAUUUCAAUAUAGGAUAUGACACACGUAGAUGUACGCACACACCCGAAUCUUUUGUGUUGUACUGACAAUGCUGUGACAUGCAAGACAUCAGAGAAGUGUGUAAAGGGUCAGGUUUUUUGUUAUAAAGUUACAUUUUGGUUUGAGAAUCAAGGCAGAAAGCUAAAUCAGUUUUUUUUCCUCUGGGCAAAGGGCAUCUGGAGUCACUCUUGUUUUCAUGAAAUCUACUCAAACAGCCAUGUUUGAUCCAUCAGAGCGGACAGGAUUACAGGCGUGGGUUCUCCUUUUGGUUAGACAAUCGGACAUCUUGCCUCGGUGGUUAACCACAGGAUAUCCUGGAUUCUGUUAUUUCAAAAUUGAAUUUAUGAUGCUGCUGCUUACCUCAAGCCAAGCAAAGCCAGGACCUUUUCUCACCCGUGAUGGCAGCAGUGCAGGAUUGAUUGUCUUUGGCGUGUACAUGACGGGCGUAGCUGGGAAUUAUGGGUCGUGCAGUGCAGUAGGUGACUCUGGGCGUUUGAAUGCUUUCUGCUCAUCUGGACUUCACUAUCUUUAUCAAACACACCCACAGGUCAGAUACAGCUUCAUAACUCACUUACUGAUCAGUUUGGAUUCACCCUCAGAGCAGUUCGUGCUCCAUAUAUCCUCAUAUCCUAUAUCCUGCUACAGUGAAGAUUUCUGUAAAAAAAAGAGUGGAAAUGAUGUCUUUUCAAACCAACUUUUGAUCUCAGAGCUUCUGGACACUAAGAUUACAGUGGACACACUGUAUGAAGCUAUUGUUCAUACUGAAGCUAUAUGGUUUUUUUCCCCCAUUAACAUUCCGUUGUUUAGGAGAAAAACUCACCCUCCUCUCAUUGGGAUGAUGUUCCAUUAAGACCAACAGUAGUGGACCGAUAUAAAUAAUAAGGGAGUUAAAACCAAUAACGUAAAUUAGAAAACUGAAUGAAUUAAAUAUAGCCAUUUAAUGGUCUUAAUAAUAUGCAGAAAUAUGUGUCGCUCCACCUCAGGGGUUUCUUUACCUAUGAUGUUGCUAAUACCGCUCCUAUCGUCGCGAACAUCUCCAGACGGGUGAAUCAUCCUUCCUAUAGGACCUCCAUUUGGAAGGUUUCCAUAGAAGUCUCUCUAAAUACAAGCAAAACGUAGCCAAAAUUCCCUGUGUUGUGGCUUUUCAGACUUCACUUUCCUGCCCUUAAACAAGACAUCAAGCUCGUCUUUCACCCACCCCGUCUCUCAAAUCAUUUCUCUCAACCCCGGCUCCUCUUUGUACCUCACUCUUGCGGUCUGUCAGCGCAGGUUAAAGGCUUUUGAUGUUGUCAUCUUACAGCAACUUUAUCACUUCCUCCCCACUGACUCAACUGAACCGGUAUGCCCACAUGAAAAAACAGAAAAGAAGCUGUCAGACACACACAGCCAGCUUUAACGGCUGCUCAUUCAGGUGUAGAAUUACUAUUGAUGCCAGUGUUGAUGAUGCAGCCCAGAUGACGUCACUGCCUUCACAGGAUAGUACACGUCACACUGCAGUCUUUGUUAUUCCAAGGAAAACUUGUGACAUUCGGCCUCUGUGAGACAGAUAUGUGAUGCAUCAUGCUGUGCUGUGCGACGUAGAUAUCCGGCUCUGCGUCUGAUGGAUGUUUUUUUCCCUCCUCGCAGCCCUGUGACUUCCAGAGUUUGGCUGAAUAAAUGCAGGAGAUUGUCGACA